AUGGCCUCCCAUGUUCCCGAAAGCUUGCCUUACUCGAAUCCCUACAAUGGGGCCUCGUAUACUCUGAGAACUUGGGUGUACGACUUGGUGGUGUUUCUGUUCAACAUACUGUUUACCAUCUUCUUUCGCGAAAUCAAAGUCCGUGGAACCCAUAAUGUGCCGCCCAGAGGUACGCCGACCAUUCUGGUGUGCGCUCCGCACGCUAAUCAGUUCGUGGACGGAGCCAUGGUGAUGACCCAGAUCCGGAAACUGAAGGGCAGUCGCUCGAGAUGCACAUGUCUGGUCACAGCAGAGUCGAGCUACAAAAAGAGUUUUGUGUCCGUGUUCAGCAAGAGCACCGGAGGAAUUCCCGUGCCUCGAGCCCAGGACAAUUUGGCACCCGUCGACGAGAAAUUGCAGUUGUGCGUACCCAACUGGGACAGCCCAACGGUUUUGAAAUGCCGUGUCGUCGGUAGCGAAGAAUCACCUGCUCUCACAUCCCGCUUCACUGCUAAAUCUCUGAUUGGUUUGCCCUACUUUUUGGGCAACGCUCAAAUCGCUGAGAUCCCAGACGACGAAACCCUGAUUCUGGCCAAGCCCUUCAAGGACACAACUAGAACCCACGAACUACUCUCAAAGGGCACCCAUUUCAAAUAUGCCUCCAAAAUCGACAACACCACUGUUUUCCAAAACGUUUUUAACCACUUGCACUCAAACGGGUGUGUGGGCAUUUUCCCAGAAGGUGGUUCCCAUGAUAGGCCCUCAUUGCUUCCUAUCAAGGCAGGCGUGGCUAUCAUGGCAUUAGGCGCUGCUGCUGCUGAUCCCACAAUGAAAGUUUCCGUGGUCCCUUGUGGUAUUAAUUACUUCCACAGAAACAAGUUCAGAUCAAGAGCAGUGCUGGAAUUCGGUCAACCCAUCAUUGUCGAUGGUGAGAUGGGGAAGCGGUACCAGCAGAACGCCAGAGAAGAAACUUCAGACCUUCUGGAAAAAAUCACCCAAGCACUAUACGCUGUGACAGUGAACGCUCCCGAUUAUGAAACUUUAAUGACUAUUCAAGCCGCCAGAAGGCUCUACAGACCUAUCUCAAUGAAAAACGGUAACUCUCAUUUGCCGCUUUCGCUUGUGGUGGAAAUGAACAGACGGCUUCUGGUUGGAUACUCCAAAUACAAAGACGAUCCAAGGAUCAAGCACUUGAAGUCAAUGGUUUUGCAAUACAACAACAAACUUUUUGCAUUAGGCUUGAGAGACCAUCAAGUCCCAGAGCUUAAUCCAACGGGGAGUAAAUGGACAUUGUUAAUGACUCUGCUAACCAGGCUAAUUUUGCUACUCUUCUACGUCUUCCUUUCAUUACCGGGAACUGUCCUUUUCAUGCCGGUUUUCGUUACAUGUCAUUACUACGCUCAGCGGAAGGCUGAGGACGGCUUGAAAAAAUCACUUGUGAAACUGAAAGGCACUGAUCUUCUAGCCACUUGGAAAUUACUCGUUGCAUUGGUCUUUGCACCUUCCCUUUACGUGACGUACUCACUAUUACUGUGCUACCUGGUUCAAAACCAUCCCGCUCUUUUCUACCGGAUAGGGAUAAUCCGUGUCAGAGAAAGUUGUGGUAUUUUCGGAAACUUUGUCUACUUCUAUGUUCUCCUUGUGACAGCCACUUACGCAAGUUUCAAGACAGGCGAACAAGGAAUGGACAUCUUUAAAUCUCUUCCUCCGCUCGCUGUUUCGUUUGUGUAUCCUAAGCGCCACCUUGAGCGUUUGCAAGAAAGUCGCGAGGAUCUAAGUUUGGAAGUUACGCAAGUUUGCAACGAUUUAGGGCCAACAGUUUUCCCAGAUUUCGGCAGGUUCUUGAUCACCCAAGAAGCAGCUAAGAAGGGAGAAACCGACGUAGAUUCGGGAGUCAGAAGUAGGUCAUCGUCAGUUCAUUCGAACAUGUCUGAAUAUUCAAAUUCGCUAUCGAAAGUCAACUCGAGAUCGUCGCUGUCGGAUAUUCCUAUCCUAGGCGAGGGCUCAACGAGUACGCAACAACAACAAGAAGAAGACGACGACGAUGUGCUUGAAAUAGUAGCGCCCGCCAAGAGUUCCCUGAUUGGAAAUCUAGUGAGAGAGAGAAGGCAGAAAGACAAAAAGGACUAG